AUGGCUUCUAUAGAGAGUUAUGUUGAUCACCUCGUCCAAGUCAUCCUCUACGAUGGUCGUAUAAUAGUGGGUAAACUCAAAGGUUGCGACCCUCGGACCAACUUGAUACUAGCAGAUUGCGUAGAGAGGGAAUAUUCAUUAGAUCAAGGUGUGGAAAUGAUCCCAUUAGGUCUGUAUAUGAUAAAAGGGGAUAAUGUAGCAUUGGUAGCUGAAUUGGAUGAAGAGAAGGAUAGCACGAUUGAUUAUACAGAGAUCAAAGCUGAACCAUUGGGCGAGAUACAUCAUUGA